CCCUCCAGCCGCUCCCCGGUUCAUCCAGAAGCUGCGGAGCCAAGAAGUGGCAGAAGGUAGUCGGGUCUACCUGGAGUGCAGAGUCACUGGGAACCCUCCUCCUCGGGUCAGAUGGUUCUGUGAGGGCAGUGAGCUGCACAGCAGUCCCGACAUCCAGAUCCUCUGGGACGGGGGCGACCUGCACAGCCUGAUCAUUGCCGAGGCUUUCGAGGACGACACGGGGCGCUACACCUGCCUGGCCGCGAACCCCAGCGGCUCCGACAGCACGUCCGCUGAGGUGUUCAUCGAAGGUGCCAGCUCAUCAGACUCUGACAGUGAAAGUUUAGCUUUCAGAUCGAAACCUGGAGCCAUGCCUCAAGCUCAGAAGAAAACCACUUCCGUGUCCCUGACCAUUGGAUCAUCAUCCCCAAAGACAGGAGUGACCACAGCUGUGAUCCAGCCUCUGUCAGCCCCUGUUCAGCAGGCCCCCAGCCCCACCUUGUUCCUCUGCCGGCCGGAUGGAUCCGCUGCUGCCUGCCUCCCGCCUGUCUUCACCAAGGAGCUGCAGAACAUCUGUGCGUCCGAGGGCCAGGUGGUCGUGCUGGAGUGCCGUGUGCGAGGCACGCCCCCGCUGCGGGUCUGCUGGUUCCGACAAGGCAGUGAGAUCCAGGACUCACCGGACUUCCGGAUCCUGCAGAAAAAACCUCGAUCCACAGCUGAACCUGAGGAGAUCUGCACCCUGGUUAUCGCAGAGACGUUCCCCGAGGACGCUGGCAUCUUCACAUGCUCGGCCAGCAAUGAUUACGGCUCAGCAGCCAGCACUGCCCAGCUGGUGGUCACCUCAGCCAGCACAGACGCCUGCGGCUACGACUCGGCAGGAGAGUCCGGCAGUGGCCACUUCCCGCCGCCGUCCCCGCUCUGGGAGCCGAACCCCUUCGAGCUGGCGCCACAGAAGCCGGCGGAGGCCCCUCCCCCGCCGGCGUGCACCGCGCACGCGGAGUGA